AGGAAAUUCUUCAGGCAUGGGCAGGGACUUGGCUGCAAUUCUGCAGUUGGAAAAUCUGACUGGGGCAGCUUCUGAACACAGGCUGGGCCUGCUCACCCUCUGCAGGCCGAGCGGCCGCCCCCUUCCAGCCUCUCCACACACGCCUGGAUCGUAGGGGAUUCUCUUCAGCCGCUUUGUGAAGCAGAGGAGAGAUGCCUCAGGAACAGUACACCCAUCACCGGAGCACCAUGCCCAGCUCCGAGGGGCCACAGGUAUACAAAGUGGGGAUUUAUGGCUGGCGGAAAAGAUGCCUGUAUUUCUUUGUACUACUCCUGAUGAUUUUAAUACUGGUGAACUUGGCCAUGACCAUCUGGAUUCUCAAAGUCAUGAACUUCACAAUUGAUGGAAUGGGAAACUUGAGAAUCACAGAAAAAGGUCUAAAGCUAGAAGGAGACUCCGAAUUCUUGCAACCUCUUUACGCCAAAGAAAUCCAGUCCCGACCAGGUAAUGCCCUGUACUUCAAAUCUGCCAGAAAUGUUACAGUGAACAUCCUCAAUGAACAGACUAAAGUCCUAACUCAGCUGAUAACAGGGCCAAAAGCUGUAGAAGCUUAUGGCAAAAAGUUCGAGGUAAAGACAGUUUCUGGAAAAUUGCUCUUCUCUGCAGACAACAAUGAAGUGGUAGUAGGAGCUGAGAGAUUAAGAGUUUUAGGAGCAGAGGGCACAGUGUUCCCUAAAUCUAUAGAGACACCUAAUGUCAGGGCAGAUCCCUUCAAGGAACUAAGGUUGGAGUCCCCCACCCGGUCUCUGGUGAUGGAGGCCCCAAAAGGAGUAGAAAUAAAUGCAGAAGCUGGCAACAUGGAAGCCACCUGCAGAACAGAGCUGAGACUGGAGUCCAAAGACGGAGAGAUUAAGUUAGAUGCUGCGAAAAUCAAACUACCUAGACUGCCUCAUGGAUCCUACACGCCCACAGGAACAAGGCAGAAGGUCUUCGAGAUCUGUGUCUGCGCCAAUGGGAGAUUAUUCCUGUCCCAGGCAGGAACCGGUUCCACUUGUCAGAUAAACACGAGUGUCUGCCUGUGAGAGACGACGCAUAGUGGACAUUGUCGGCAGCAUCCAGGCCUUUUUCGGCUUUAGACCCUGGCUGCCAGCUAUUUUUACUAGAACACAGAAAGCCUAUCAAAGACCUUGUGUGUGUGUGUGUGGGUGUGGGUGUGUGUGUGUGUGUGUGUGUGUGUGAGUGAGUUUGCGCGUGUGGGUGAUAUAAAUAUAUAUAAAUAUAUAUAAAUAUAUAUAUAUCUAUCCUCUGUAUAACAUGAGGUUUCAGUACAAAAGGAACCAUGGGUGACCCUGUGAUAUCCACUGUCAUUGCCAUCCCAACCCCACCACAUAUAUGAUAAAAUCAAAACACUAAUUUGGGCCCAAUAUUCCCCAGACCUGCAGAAUCACACAGUGUUAUCGACACUUACUGAAUAUUCGCCUACACGUGUGAGUAACAGCCUGUCUUUUCCUUUAGUGUCAUUACAAGGCAGUGAUGGCGGGAAUUUGCAAGUCACAUUCAAGGGCUGAGACCCUUGUAGUAAAAGCGGAUGCUUUAUUAGCUUUUGUGCAGCUGGCCAACUUCUUCCCCCUUCAAGUUAGGGAUGGGGUAUUGCCGUAGAAGUCAGACAGAGGAACUCAACAUGGCUGUGCCACUUUUGCAUCCAAAGGUAUUUGGCUUUUGUGGUUGGAUGAAUUAGGAGGAUGGAUUUUAGCAAAGUUUGAAAGGCUCACCCAACUGCUGUGAGCUUAUUACUUCCUUCAAACUCACGUAUUAUCCCACAAUCAAAACAGGAGCUGUAAAUCAGCACAAAAUGGGAAAACAGUUGCCCCUCAGUCGGCUACAAGCUCCUCGAUGGUCCGACAGACUAAGAAUAAAUGGGCAAUAGGUCUCUGUUUAAGGUGAAAAAAUGGCUCAAAAUCUGUUACAUCCUCACUCCUGUUGACUUUAUCCAACAGAUUCUUACCCAAAAUGAUCACGUCAAUCCAAAUCUUUUAAGAGUGGAACCCCUACCCCCAAGAGAAGCUAUUUGGAGAUGGAAAUCAAAGAGUGGCAAAGGAAACCAAAUUAUUUUUAAAUAUGUUUCUGGGGACUGGUAGGUAAUUUAGAGGCAUGCGUUUUAUUUUUAAAGGUAUGCACAAACUCUUUGCCUUCAAUCUCCUUAUAUAUUUUUUCAGUAUUGGGAUAUUCAUUUUCCUAAGUUGACCAUUGUUUUCUCUAAGAACAGUGACCCAAGAAUCACAGAUCUAAAGUACCACAUGCCCGCAGAAAUGCUCGCUGAAAAUUAAUAUAGACUGAGUCAAGUGUCUUUAUUAGAAUCACUGUGUCGCCAGGGGCCCAGCAGUACCCACUCCCCCGUAUGCGGAAGCAGCUCCCUAAUUCCCGCCAUCAGCUACCUCCCAUUACCCCACUUUCAUCAUCGUGCUCCAGGGUCACCCUGGCCAGCUCUUGUGCUGGGACAGGGGAUUACACCGUCUCUGUUCAAAGAGGGGGAUACGUGCCUAUGCCUUACAACAAUGCACUCAGCAAGGAGAAGCACAUCCUAUAUUUAUCUUGUGUUACCUGUAGUUUAUUUUGAGUGAUUGGAGGGGAAGGGUUUCACAAUGACUGGGCAUCUUAAAAGCUGGUAGGCAAACCAAGUGGCUGACAGAUGUGGCCUCUGAGGAGCCUGGAAGGGAGAAGUAACUGCUUUCAACCAUCCUGGAUGCCACUUGGCAAGCAGUAGCCCCACAGUCCUAAACGAAGUCACAUUUGUAGGCCUGAAUGGCAUUUGUUUGUUGUUGCUGUUUUCUUUCCUCAACAGGGUUCUGCUUUUUCUUACUUCACAAGCAGAGGGGAGAUGUGCCAUAGGAAAUGAAUAAGAGGUUUGGUAUUUUUGAGAUGACACUCAAGCAUCGGGCUGAGUUUUGCACAUGUGGAAGGUAAAAGCAAGCUUUGUGUUGCUCAGUCACUUAGAAGCGGGGUGAGGAGGGAUGGUUCCAGCCUGACCAGUGGCCCUGCUGGCUCCCGGACCCCAGGCUCCCUCCAGUCACUCCUGCUUAACAUCCAUACAGAAGAAUUGGGUUGCUCAAGGGGAGACCGUAAGAUGCUUAGUGUGCAGCACUAGGGCCUAAAAAGGAAAACCAUAAAGAGAUAUCCAAUUGCUCUGACUCAGUAUUAUUUAUAUCCUGUAGGAUCACAGCGCCAGAAUCUGCAUGUACCACACCCAGAGUUUUUCCAAGCCAGGAAAAAGCCCUCCUUGGCGACUGGGAUCACCUACCCCAUAUCUUUCAGAUCAACAGUAGUAAUACCUAUAAGGUCCUUUGUGGCUAAAUACCUGAAGACAAAGGUUUUUGUUUGUUUGUUUUGUUGUUUUUUAAGCAGACAGACCAUCUUUGCAGUUUGUCAUCUCAAGUACAUAUCCUAAGGAUGACAAAGAAACGGCAGGUUCCCUGAACCUCUUUCAUCUAAUUUUGUUCUAAUCGUUAAAUGAAAGUCUGAGAUCAGCACCUUGGAAAUUUUAUGCCAAUAAAAAAGACUGGUGUGAUGCCACUUGCAAAAAUUAAUCCUAAAUGUACUCAGAUCACAAGUAGAAUAAAAAGAAUAAUAGCAACCAAGAAUAGAAAUCAAGCACCUAUGGGGACAGACAUGAUAUAAAAUUCUGAUUUUCAUUUGUGCUAAGUGACUACGGUAUACCAGGUAAUGAGCAGGAAGUUUGGCGUGGAUUAAAUUAUGUAUUUCAGUUCAGACUUUAGAAUUCAGUAAUUGCAUAUGAAGUCCUUCAAUAUACAUUUUUUUCUCCCAACUUCCUCCAACUCGAAUACCUGUCCAUGGUCAUGAGAAAACGUUUUACCUGAAUUCUGGAAAAAAAAAAAAUCUCUUUUACAUUAAAAUCUGAUACCUUUAAUUUAUAAAAAUGAGAUCCUUUCUAAUCUUAUAUACAAUAUCUUCUAGAAAAUCACAUCUCUCAGUAUAUUAAGCAGUGGGUGGCAUAACAAAGAGUUUAAAUGAAUUUUCAAUAUUCUAGAAGUUCCAGCACGUUAAUAUUCUUCAGAAAAGUUUUAUAAGUUAAAAGUUGAUCUCCAAAUAUGUUUAGCACCUACUUCUAUUGGAUAUCUGCUCAAUAAGUUGUUAAAGUUUAGUCUUAAGAGGUUUUCAGAAGCCCUUUUGGUGACAUCAGUCUAGGUGGAAACUUGAUACAAAGCUGUAUCUUUCUGUUACCCAAGAGACAGAGCUUAUAAACUUGAAUUGGCUUUUAACUUCCUUUAGGUCAGUUUUCCCUUGGAUGAUUUCCAUUGUAUAUCCAGCACCAUAGACCAAAGAUUGCUUGAGGCUUGACUCUAGCACAGGGGUCAACAAACUCUGGUCCGGACACCAAAUGGGACUCGUCACCUGAUUUUGUGAAUAAAGUUUUAUUAUAACACAGCCACAUCCGUCCACUUACUUGUUAUGUAUGGCUGACUGCAUACAUGGACCAGCAGGGUUGAAUAUCUGUGCCAGAGACCUCUUGGCCCACAAAACAUAAAAUAGUUACUAACUGGUUCUUUAGUAAAAGUUUGCUGACUCCUGACAGAGAAGUCAUUUGUAGCCUCAUUUGUGUUGGACACAGCAGGAGAGAAAGCAGAUGACAGCACUACAUUUCCAUGCGUGCUUGGGAAUAUAAAUAUGUGGUUAUAGAAAAGAUGGUCCGCCUUACACUGCAUGUAAAAGAGAUCCACUUCUCGGAGAAACACAGGCUCACAGGAUUCCUGGAAACAGGGAAGAUGGAAUUAGGGAAGGGUUUAGUGGAAGAGGAAAGCUGUGAUCCUCCAAAAGGUUCUUCCUGGAACCCUUCAUAUAUAAAUAGGGGGGUUCCUUCGGUCAGUAUCAUUGUGUGACAAGAAGUGAAGCAGGGGUCCUUUGAUUUAGAGUCUCUUUCCUGAAGAGACUAUUUCUGCAGUCUCUGCGUAGAGGUUUUCAUCUCACCUUCCCAUAUUCCAGAAAGAUGCCCAUUCCAUGGUCCUCUGAAGAAUAUUUUUGACUCAACGUAUCUUUUUGGCAUCCACCACCUCGGUUAUUCACACCCACAGAGGACUCGCUUUCCUACAACCACAUCAGGCCUGAAGGGUUGGUGGGACCAACAAAUAAUUAGAAAUAUUCAAAGGAACAUCUGAAAAUAUGUAGGACAAAAAAAUGUAGAAUUAUUUCAUGAAUCUGUUGCCGGGAUUUGUGGAGGGCGGGGACCAGAUUAAUGCCAGUUUGGUGUUGUUUCCAAGGAUCUGGGUCUUUGUUCUUUGGUGUAGGAGAUUCACAAAAAAAAAAAAAAAAAAAAAAAAAAAAAAAAAAAAAAAAGAUCUAUUUUGAAUUCCAGCAUCUCUGCCUCUGUGUAGUAAGGCAGGUUCCUACCAGAGAUUUGUCCCUUCAGUCAGCAUCCCUAUUGCUAAUCCAAAGCUUUAUACUCAUAUUUAAUAUUGUUAAAAUAGCAUCAGUUACGAAUGAUUCUUUGUAAGUAUGAGUAUUCCUGUUAGGGAGGAAAGGUGUUUUGGUUUUGUUUUUAAAUAAAAAUACCCACCAUUUACCAGACCCUAAUCAACAUUAGUUAAAGGAGUCCUUCAGCAUUUUAUCUGGAUUCAACUAAAAGAGGAUUAAAUUGGCCUUUCACAGGAAGAGCUACAUGAGAAUAUCUUGCUUUUGUUUAUUUUAGGCAAAAGGUAGCCUGAUGUUUAGAACAAGGAGGUAAAUAUCCAUCUAAGCACCUGAUCCUUAUUUUUUAAGGCUCUCUGAAAGGUGAAUCUAAUUUAAGUGAGUUGUAAACAAAACCCCUUUCCUCUCUUUCCUCUGCUCCAGGAAAUCUUAGGCACGAAAAGGAUAACAAAGCAGUUCCAGGAAUGAUACAUUUGCAUGGCGCCCCAGUAGCAGGUGGGGGAAAAAAAGUCAUAAUAAAAGAAACAACCUUAGAAAACAGGCCUUUUAUCUCAAAGAUAAAAUGUCUUUCUUUUGGUCUUUCAUCACUUUCUCCUCCUUGGAAGGCUCCCCUAGUCCCAACCUAUUUCCAUUAAAAUAGUCAACGCUACUGCACUGGGAUGUCAGAUGCAUCUCUUUCUUUGUGGUAAUCAGAAUUUAAAAUUACACAGUUGCCUCUGAAUUUCUCAUUCACAAAGCUAAACCACUGAUAAGAGAUAAAGCACUCUGAAGCCGGCAAGGCACACUGCACGCAUUAGCACUUUCAAAAGCAAUGUGAUUUCUGUGGUUCUUAAAAGCUUUCUUCAUAAUAGAGUCCUUGAAAUUUCUCAAGACAGGUCUGAAUGGCAAAGGGAAAAGAAUUAUUUGCGGGAGGUCCUCCUUUGAGCAUUGUUAGAGCACACGGAUAAAAGAAAACAUCCCAUGUGGGGUGACCAAUGCUCCAUGGGCUAGUUUCUUUGGUUUUAUCCGCCCCCCUCCCCGCUUCCUUUUAUAGAUACUGACAGAGUAGGAAGUUAGCAUCUUCCCUUGAAAAAAAAAAAAAAAGAGCUGUCCAAUAGGGUGCAACAGGAGGUGUGAUGUCGGAACAGCAUUAACGAAGUUAUUAAAUCCAUCAGUAACCAGUCUCAAACAUACCAACAGCAAUGCUGUCUCCUUAACUUCUGCCCAACAAGUAGUAAUAUCAGUUCCACUUCCGUGAGGUUUGCAACUGAACAGAGGAGAAGUUGCUAUAGGCAAGAAGUAUUUUUAGAGUCCAAAUCCAGCUGUCGCAAUGGGAAACCAGAAUAGUGUUCCAAAAUGCCUCAUUAGGCGUUUGGACACCCUCACUAGGGACUGGAGGAAUUUGCUUCAUCGCUGAACAUUAGCUAAGGUCAGAUAAAUAAAACAAGCAUGAGGCUGCCCUCUUUGGGAGAAGGGAGAAGGAAACAUCUGUCUUACAUGAAAUCUACUCUGCACUCCUAGAAUCGCCGAGUAGUCCCACUUCUUCCACUGUCUUUGCAGCCUACUCCUGCAUUUGGGUUAUUUCAGUGAAAUCAAAGAGAGCUCAGAUUUCCUAAAUCCCAGGCUGAUCCGUGAAGUUACAUGGGAGCAGUAUAGCAAAGGACUGUCUGAGGGCAGGAAGAUGAUAUUUGUUGACAAAGAAGACAUUGGUGCUUCUCUAGUCCCCAUAUUCAUAUAAUUCAUGAGGUCCUAACAUUUUGGGGGUCAUAGGUUCUUUUGAGAAUCUGAGCAAAGUUCUGAAACUUCUCCUCAAAAAGAUUCACACCCAUGAAUUUUGCAUAAGGUCAAAGAGGUCUCCUUGGACCCAAAGCCUAUACUAAGAUAUGGCAAGAGUUGGAUUCUAUUUCUCCAAUUAUAAUAUUUUAUUACCUAAUAUUCAUUGAGCACUUACUAUGUACUAGCCACUGUGCUAAGUGUUUUAUACACAUUCACUUAUUUCAUCCUCAAAGCAAUCCUUUGAGUUAGGUUCCAUUAUAGUUCCAAUCUACAGAUGUGGAAACUGAGGCUUAGAAAGGCUGGGAAACUUGCUCAAAGCCACUAGCUAGAAAAAGGCAGAGCUGGAAUGCAGGUCUAACUCCAGGCCACUAUGCUGUGAAGUCACCAACAUGUCAAACUAUUUUUCGAGCUGUUAAGAAGUGUCUCCUACCAGUUUUUAGAAUAGUCCUUCUUGGGUGGAUCAGGCUAUAAAACUUUUAUCUCCCUUCUUUCCAUCCUUUCUCAUCUGUGACAGCAUAUAGUACUGAAAGAGAGAUACCUACGGUGAAAAUAUAGAAGAUCUGUCUGAGUAAUAGAAUCUGGAACCAAAAAACAAAAUAGUGUGGUCUAUGAUUCUUGGUAAGUAAGUCAGGCUUCUUGUCCUUAUAAAUGUGAAGAUGCCUGGGUUGUCAGCCUUACAUUUAAGAGAAAACUUUAAUACUCGAUGAUCUAUAGUUGCGGCUAAACAAAUCAGCAUCUCUGCUCACAUACCUCUCCUUCCACUCUACCUCACUUCAAAAGACUAAUGUCUUAUUUUAGGUGAGGUCUUUGAUACCAUUUGGUUAUUAUUCUUCCCUACUUUUAGUUGUGGCAAGACUCCAGGAAAGAAUCAAAUAAAUAGAAAGGAACUCGAUCAUCCCUAUUUCCCUGCAAGAAAAUAAGACUAGAAAGAAUUCAGUUAGCAUUAGGCAUGCGGGAUCCAAGCUGGCCACUGUGGGAUAAUCGUUUGAGUCCCAUACCUCAUACCUUGUCAGUCAUCAUUAAUGGCCUGUCACCCUCCCCAUGUGCAGAAUUUUUCUCACCAAAGCACUCAGGCCAUCACUAUCAAUUUAUCUGAGUUGGAAAUGGGACCCACCUGCCAAUUCGUGUUGCAACAGUGGCGCCCUUUAACCUUGAACCUGUACAUUUGACGCUUGGUGUCCUAGUUUCAGAAAAGAGGUUUGUGGCAUUCCAACGACUGAGGGAGAAGAUGAGUGCAUCUGAAGUUCUUACAACUUGGUGGCUUUAGGGCACUUUCAUCUUCUAAGCCAAGGGAUCAGGGUUUGAUCUCUAAGAGUUAAAAGAGAAAAUCGUUUUGAAGAAUUAACUCAGCCAGGGACCAUCCGAACAGGUUAAACCAGUAUGCCCUCCUGCAGGUCCUGUUGUCAACCUGCCCCCAUCCAGAGCUGAGUGACCACAGCAGCAGAGGGUGGGGUCCAGCCUGCUUUUCUGUGCUUUCUCAACAGCACACGUCUGAUCCCCUGGAGGGCUGUGGACACAGCCUCUCACUGCUCCUCACACAGUCAACCCCGGUGCCAAGCAGGGUCCCGUCAUGCUCCUGUGGCUCAGCCGCCCCUUAAACCUUGGUAAUGGCAUGAGCUAAAGUAUGUCAAAUAUCCUGCUUCAGGGGAAGUCUUUCAGGGAUUUUCUUUUACUGGUAUAUGUGUCCAAAUGGCAAAUCAGGAAGGGGUACCUUUAAAGGGUCUCAUGGAACUAACAUCACCAGAGCCAGCAAUCAGGUUCCCUAGUAGAGAAGAGAGAUCCUGGCAAAGUAGAAGGAAGAGUCGGCAAACCUGAAUCUGGGGUGGACACAAAACUAACUUAAUUUAUAUCCAGUGUUUGGUGAUGGGGGAAACAGAGUUUUCCAUCUGUUAAUCACCUCCCCAAUCAAGUUUCUCUCUUUCUGAGGCCACGAAGAAGCAGAGACACAUUUUUUAAAGAGGUCGUGUUUGAGAAGGGAAAGAUAGGGGACCGUCCAUCAUUGCACUGGCUAAAUGCACUCCUGGAGAAGCCAGAUUCUGGUGCUUUACACAGUAAAAAUAAGGUCAUACAAGUCCCAUUUGCUCGAAGAUUUUGAAAAAGGAACCCCAUUCCCAUAAAGCACUUGAGUUCAGCCUUUGGAUUAUUUUUUUAUUUGAUUUGGUUGUUUUUCUCUGGGUUUGGGUGUGAUGUAAGAAGAGCUUUUUAGUUUUGUUUUGAAUAACAUCAAUCCUUGCACACUCUAUGCAAAAAAUUUGUAAGCAUUGCAAUAAUGCUAUGAAUUACAAGGAACUAUUUUAACUUUAUUACACUUUCUGUAUAAAAAAAUUUGUAUUUAAUAUUAUUUCAACUGCAGUCUUGUAAAAUAUAUUAAUAAAAAUAAUGAUUGGUAAGAAG